AUGUCCGCCAUGUUGCGGCAGCUGCGUCUAUGUGGGCGAGGGAUCGCAGCGCAACGUCUCCGGGGCUUGUCAGGUGUGCCGCAGCGCAGCUGUUCUGCACCCGACUCAGGCGACUGGGUGGAUGGCACGGAUGCUGUCGCCGAGGCAUCACUGGGCUGCACGAUGGCCAUUGCCUGUAGCUUGGUGGGCGUCGGCUAUGGCUCGUGGUACCUUCUCAAGUCAGAGAGGCAAGCAAUGCAUCCGGCCAGGGAGAGCUUCCCGCCUGGGUCUUUCGCCAGGCUGCCAAGACUAAGCGCGCAGGCAGGAUCCUCCACCUGGGCCUGCGAAGGCGACUUGCCGCAGUGGCAGGAGAAGACGCUCCACCUGCGCGGCGGCAGCUACUACAUGGCUGCCGUGGAUAGAGCUGCGACCGCCAGCAUCGCUGGCCGCUUCGCCGCUGACUGUGAGGUGAUACGGCUGCAAAGCAACAGCGCCACCUCGCUCGGUGUCAAGGGCAGCAGCGAGGUAGCUUGUCUUCGCGUUGCCGAUCUUUGCCCGCCCGAUGCGGUUGAGGGCGGUGUCGUGACGGUCGAGCUCAUGCCGGGAUUUGGAUUGCUCGACCUCUACGGACAGCCAGGUCUCUACCACGUGCAGGACCAGUCAGGGCUUCGCUCUGUGGAGCAAGCACGAGGUGGCAAGUACAGCGCGACUGACUUCUUCUCUGGUCGCAAAGACCGGAUCGCGCGCUCUCUCGACGCCUUGCUGGAGGCUUCCGACACCGAACAGCCCAGGCGCUUGCAGGUGUUGGUCAACGACCGUGUCGCAACCAUAGCGGAAGCUGGACAGGUCUUGCAGCUUGGGGACAGUGCGGCAGGCACGCGGGGCCUCGUCUCAGUGAUUGCUCAGUUGCUGGACUCCAGGAGUGACGCGUACGCCUUGCUGCCAAUGAUUCUGCGAGGACAAUGCGCCGGAGGCCCAUCGCUGAGGGUCGCGGCGUCAGAGCUUCGUGAGGUGCUCGCUCGCCACACCAGCAGCCGGCAGAUCUCGGAACAGGACAUCACCACAUCCCUGCAACGGGGGUUCUGGUCGCUCCCUCCGGAUCAAAGCGGACUCCACCUGCGUGAGCGCGAGGCAGAGCGCUUGCUCGAGAGAGCUCGGCGAGAGCUCUGGGCAGAGGGCAGCGCUUCGCGGAAGGAGCUGGAAAAGCAGAUCGAGAAGUUUCUCUGCCUGCUCCCGGGACGCAUGUGA